AUGCAGGAGGUCAUUGCAGGGCUGGAGCAGAUCACCUUCACCUUCGAGAAGGAUGUAGAGAUGCAGAAGGGCACUGGACUCCUGCCUUUCCAGGGCAUGGACAAGUCGGGCUCAGCUGUGUGCAGCUUCUUCGCUAAAGGGCUCUGCGAGAAAGGGAAGCUGUGCCCCUUCCGGCACGACCGAGGGGAGAAGAUGGUGGUGUGUAAGCACUGGCUCCGGGGGCUGUGCAAGAAGGGCGACCAGUGCAAGUUCCUGCACCAGUACGACGUCACCAGGAUGCCAGUGUGCUACUUCUACUCAAAGUUUGGUGGCUGCAACAACAAGGAAUGUCCCUUUCUCCAUGUGAAGCCGGCCUUCAAGACCCGGGACUGUCCGUGGUAUGACCAAGGUUUCUGCAAGGACGGUCCCCUGUGUAAAUAUCGCCACGUCCGCAGGAUAAUGUGUAUUAACUACUUAGCUGGCUUCUGCCCUGAGGGACCCAAAUGCCAAUUUGCACAAAAGGUACAAUCUCCCAAGACUGUACCAGGAAGAAACAAAAUAUGA